CAGUCUGAAGCCGCCCUCCGUAGUAGUCGCACGCGACCGCGAGUGCACCAGUGCCCAUAAACGAUCCGACCUUCAUACCGAAAGAACGAGACGUCUAUAUAUUUGGCAGUGAAGAUAAGUAUGUGAAGAGGCUUGGUCGCGCAUGUGUCAAGAACUCCUGUCAUGGCGUUUCGGAGAUAGUGCCAGGUGGUGACUGUGGGAGUGCGUGUAGAGGCGGCAUGCGCGUGUUGGUCGCGGCGAUCGCGGCGCUGCUGGCACGCGCGCUGGCGAGCCCGCACGAGCACCGCGCCAGGCACCACGCGCCCGACCACGCCGCGCACUUCCCCCUCCCCGCACCGGCGCAACCCUACCGCGGACACGGGGAAGCUGUACGAUACAACCCUGAAUCGGACACAAUCCUCCCACGCCUCGAAGAGCACGAAACCUCCUCGAAACGCGCCAGGUUCGAUGAAACGGAAACAUCAUCCAAGCGAGCGCACGACGUAUUCUAUUCCAACCAUGAACGAGUUGAAGAGCUCAUGGCCGACGAGCCCCGCUUCGGCCCGGACGAUGAUGACCCCCUAAUAGUCCGGACCAGAAAGGGUAGAGUCAGAGGAAUCACCCUCACGGCUGCGACUGGUAAAAAAGUCGACGCCUGGUUCGGCAUUCCUUACGCUCAGAAGCCGUUAGGCGACUUAAGGUUUAGACAUCCGAGACCCGUUGAAAACUGGGGCGAGGAGAUACUCAAUACAACGACACUGCCACAUACAUGCGUCCAAAUUGUAGAUACGGUGUUCGGAGAUUUUCCCGGCGCUAUGAUGUGGAAUCCCAACACAGAUAUGCAGGAAGACUGCCUUUAUAUAAAUAUAGUCUCGCCGAGACCGCGUCCUAAAAAUGCAGCAGUAAUGCUAUGGGUUUUCGGUGGUGGUUUUUAUUCUGGAACUGCUACGCUCGAUGUUUAUGACCCAAAAAUUCUUGUGUCAGAGGAGAACAUUGUGUAUGUUUCUAUGCAAUACAGAGUUGCGUCACUUGGGUUCCUAUUUUUCGAUACAGCUGAUGUUCCUGGUAACGCUGGACUAUUUGAUCAACUUAUGGCGUUAGAAUGGGUAAAAGAUAAUAUCGCAUAUUUUGGAGGGAACCCUCAUAAUAUUACAUUGUUCGGAGAGUCAGCAGGUGCGGUAUCAGUUUCUCUGCAUUUGCUUUCUCCUCUAUCAAGAAAUUUAUUCUCUCAAGCGAUUAUGCAGUCUGGUGCAGCAACGGCUCCUUGGGCCAUUAUAUCUCGGGAAGAAAGUAUACUCCGUGGUAUGCGAUUAGCUGAAGCUGUUCACUGUCCAAGUUCAAGAACAGAUAUGGGUCCUAUGAUUGAAUGCUUAAGAAAGAAAAGCGCUGAUGAUCUCGUUAAUAAUGAAUGGGGAACCUUAGGCAUAUGUGAAUUCCCAUUUGUUCCAAUAAUCGAUGGCUCAUUCUUAGACGAAAUGCCACGGCGGUCUUUGGCCCACCAAAACUUCAAAAAGACGAAUAUAUUAAUGGGUUCAAACACAGAAGAAGGUUAUUACUUUAUUCUGUACUAUUUGACGGAAUUGUUUCCAAAAGAAGAAAACGUUGGUAUAACGAGGGAGCAGUAUCUUCAAGCUGUUAGGGAAUUGAAUCCGUACGUAAAUGAUGUCGCUCGUCAAGCAAUCGUGUUUGAAUAUACGGAUUGGAUAAACCCUGAUGAUCCUGUGAAGAAUAGAAACGCUUUGGACAAAAUGGUUGGAGAUUACCAUUUCACAUGUGGGGUAAACGAGUUUGCUCAUCGAUAUGCUGAAACUGGCAACAACGUAUAUACUUAUUAUUUCAAACAUCGAAGCAAGAAUAACCCUUGGCCAUCGUGGACGGGUGUGAUGCACGCCGACGAAAUCAAUUACGUAUUCGGUGAACCUUUAAAUCCUGGAAAGAAUUAUUCUCCAGAAGAGAUCGAGUUCAGCAAGCGGCUCAUGAGAUAUUGGGCUAACUUUGCUAGAUCAGGAAAUCCAUCCAUAAAUGCUGGAGGAGAUGCGACGAAAGUACAUUGGCCAGUGCAUACAACUACUGGUAGAGAGUACUUGUCUCUCGCGGUUAAUUCCAGCUCAAUUGGCCAUGGCCUUCGCGUGAAACAGUGUGCUUUCUGGCAGAAAUAUAUCCCUCAACUUAUGGCUGCUACAAGCAAGCCGGAUCCACCACAAAAUUGUACCAACGUCGCGAUGGCGCCACGGUCUUCUUAUGUAGCUUUGAGCAUGAGCUUCGUCUCAGCGGUUAGCUUACACACAAUGUGGUUCAAAUACGAUUAAAUAUUCUAUUGUACUAUAAAAACUAUUGCUCUGUAUUUUAUUAAACUAAUUUUUUGCUUGUGUAUUAGUUGUUGCCUGUGUUGAAGUAAUUUAAAGUUAAGUGUGGAUAACAGCUGUAAAUUAAUUCAAUAAAUAUGUGGUUGUAACAUUAUAAAAUUUAUUUGUAUGGUCAAUUAUAUAAUAUUUAUUUACAAAUAUUAUUAUACGUGAAAUAUUUUCUAAAAUUUAUUUUUAUAUGUAAAUUAUAAAUAUGUAUAUUUAGUUCUAAGCCAUUUUAAAUGUUAUAUUGCUAUGUAAGUCCACUCAGUAUUUCGUAGCGGAGUAAAAUUGUGUUGCCUGAUCGACGAUUAAGUAAUUUUAGGGGUAUUAUUGUUCAUUCUUGAAUGUUGUCUUUAAGGAGGAGUGAUCUCUCCAUCAACAUAUCACUUGUUACUAACAAAUUUUAGAACUAUGUAGUGAUAACAAUUUGUCGUAGCUCGUAAGUCUUUACAUAUCUUUGGGGAAUUUUGAGAAUGCGAUAAAAGCUGGAGUGUUCGUGAUGUUUUUAUUAUGGCGAAGGACAAAUCGAGAAGAGAGCGUGUUCCUUUGAAGAAAGGAUGAUCAAAACGAGACGAGCAUGAGCUGUAGUCAGAUGUAGAAGGAACAAUGUGUUAGCUUUAACGCGCCUCUAUUGCAAUACAUAUCACGCAAGGCAUAGAUAUGUCUAAAUUUAAUCAUUCUAGCCUUACAGUAAGGAUAGAUGUAAGUUAGGUCAUUUCAUAACUCUGUAGUGGACCAAUAUUAGAAAGUUGUACGUUUGAUGAUAAAACCGAUUCGGGGGUACAAAGUAAUGAUAGUGAAAGCGAACAAUGUAUUACGUACAUGAUAACGAAAUAGUUUACACGGACGAACGGGACAAAAUUAACUGAACAAAGUCUAUGGAAGUUCUUAGCCAGGCUAAGGUCAGAACCAAUUAUCAUACUAUAGAUAAUAUAAAAUUUUCUACCGACUUUAGGUUUUAAUAGGUACCUUUAAUGUUGCCUGAAUUGAACAAGACGGAUUGCAGUUUACAACAGUCAAAAUUAAUUUAAAUCGACGAAUAUUUAUAUUUCAAUAUUCAAUGUAUUGGAUAUACAUUGUAAAAUAUAUUAUAAAUUUAGAACAUACAAAGUAGUACCUUAAAGUAUUAGGAUCGAUAGUUGAUACUAGUUUAGAGGUCAUAGUCCAGCGGUUCAGCUUUCGAAUAUUGGUGUUUAAAUUAAAAUAGAGAAUUCUUCAUGUUAAGUUCAACAUUUUGAAGUUACUCUUAGUCCAACGUUCGGGAUAAGUUUAACGACUAUAGACAAACUGUGUUUCAGUCGUAAAUCAUUUAUUGUAAAUAAGGUAUUUGUUAGAGAUAAAACGUAGGAUUUAUUGUUAUUCGGCCCUUCGAUCUCUUGUCUUUAUUAAUUCAAGAGACCCCGGGUCUAUGUGUAUCAAAUAACCUGUUGUGGAAGACGAUACUUUAUGAGAUAUAGAAAUUGUACUAAGUGUAAUUUUAUGUAGUUGUACUUCGAUUGUUUCGUGUUUAUUUGUAAUUAGUGUAAUUAUAUGAAUUGAAAUUGUAUAUUUGUAUCAGAAAAAUCAACUCGUAUUUCGUCUAAGGGCAAAGUUCUAUUGGUCACGAUUAGUGAUGACACUAUUUAAAAGAAUUAGACUUUGUAUCCUAUUGCUUGCUUAUACGAUGUCUGUGAGCUGAUAGAGGAUGUAAUAUAGUGGUCAGUAUUCAUGUAAUUUCACGUUCGAUGUUUUAAGAACUACGCUUAUUUUAACCUGCGUAUAUAAACCUAUAGAGUGCCUCUUGUUCACUUUUAUAUAUAUUGAUACAACACUUAAUAUAGGUGAUAAAUGUAGUUGUAGACUCUUCUUCUAAAAUAAUUGCACGGAAUUCGUUAAUUUUUUUAUUUUUUUUUGACGUGUCCGAAAGAUUGUUAAGGGAUUUGUAGUGCCAAAACAGAAACUGAGAGAUGCGAUAUAUUUUAAUAUUGAGUACGAUUUGUUUAACAUUUUCCACAAGAUCCUGUACGCAAUUAAACGAUUAAAACGUCACUAGCUACUGUUAUUUUCAUGGUCACAUAUAUUAAAUUACAUUGGAGCGAUUUCAGUUAUGAGUAUGUAUGAUUCAUAUCAAAUGUAAUGUAAUUUGUAAGGCUUUUAUAAUUACAAUACAUAAUUGGAAGAUAUGUGAAAUGAAACAAAUAAACAAAAAUGUAUCCAUUUUAAUAAAACAUCACUGUGACUACAUUUAACAUAGAUCUACAGUAAAAUAUUGUACGUUAAUAUUGUGGUUUAUUUUCUUCUUAAUUAGUUCAUGGUCUUUUCUUUAAUGGUAAUGAGGAUUUGCUGUUAUUUUUACAACAGGGAUAAAGAAACUCUCGAGUAGUAAGAUAGUCCAUUCCGUUGAAAUGAAAAACCAUUAUGUUUUGUAAUUAAAAAAGAGUUAGAAGAGAUUUUGAAUAUUUUCCGCACUGAUAUUUGCCUGAAAUCCGCUUGGCUACAAUUAAUCUUCUAUGUACCUUAAAGGCCUAAAUGUAGCAAAUUUGAGCACGAGAUUUAAGAGGCCUAAGCAUCGCUAAAUUUAAUUUAUUUCAAGUUGUCUUAUUUAAAUUCUAAUAGUGAAACUUCGAGUAAGUUAUAUUAGUGCUAUGACUGCAUUAUUGAAUGUUUGCAUUUAAGUUUAAUUAUGAAAAUAAAUGCUUGUAUAUAA